UGACGGUGUUUUUCAGACGGCGGUGCUAACCGGUGCAGGUGACUUCCGAAGAAAUCCGUUUAUCAAUAAACAGAGUCCGUUAUCACUUUCUCUCCUUCUCACUUGGUACUUUCUCUUUCUGCUUCUUUUGACGGAACGACAUUGUUGGAAGAAGAUGAGGAUCGCAUACGCACGACUAUGGUUUCGUGGAUUCAAAGCUUAUCAUAAAAGAUCUUUAUGAGGUGCUUCUGUUGACUUUGGUGGUAUUUGAAAAAUUCCACACCCACCAGCAAGAAAAACCCUGAAGGAGAUAAGGGAAAAUGGGGGAAGCGCUUCUCACAACGCUAUCUAUGGAGAAUCAUCAUCCAUCCACCCUCUUAUCCAUGGAUUCAAGCGCCAACUCGCAUGAUGAAUUGGAUCGAGAGCUGAAUAGGCAGAUCAUCCUUUCCCGACCGCCCGAUAUCAAUCUGCCAUUGUCUGCAGAACGUAGCCCACCGCCACAAUCGUGGAAUCCUGAUACUUGUGAUAUCUUAGAUGUUGGGCUUGGAUCUCAGAUCUAUGAAACGGAGACCCUCCUCAAUCUCCCCAAGAUAGGCCGGAAAUGUGCCAAGCGGGUAGACAGCAUCUGGGGUGCCUGGUUUUUCUUCAGCUUCUACUUCAAGCCUGUUUUGAAUGAUAAAACCAAGGUGAAGAUCUCCCGUGACAGCAAUGGUGUUUCUGGGUUCGACAAAUCGGAUCUCCAGCUUGAUGUUUUUCUGGUUCAGCAUGAUAUGGAGAACAUGUACAUGUGGGUUUUCAAGGAAAGGCCUGAGAAUGCAUUGGGUAAGAUGCAGCUUAGGAGUUAUAUGAAUGGGCACUCUCGCCAAGGGGAGCGUCCUUUCCCAUUCAGUGUGGAUAAGGGUUUUGUUCGAUCUCACAGAAUGCAGAGGAAGCAUUACAGAGGCCUAUCUAAUCCUCAGUGCGUGCAUGGUAUCGAGGUUGUUCGGGCACCCAAUCUUAUGUGUCUUGACGAGGAAGAGCGGAAAAGGUGGAUAGAACUUACUGGGCGGGACUUGAACUUCACCAUUCCACUAGAAGCUAGUGACUUUGGUACAUGGCGGAGCCUUCCAAACACCGAGUUUGAGCUUGAGAGGCCCCCUCCACUAAAAAGUAACCCGCAACCCCAUCCAAAGAGAUUGCUCAAUGGGUCUGGCCUGAAUUUGUCAACCCAACCUUCUAACCAUGUCAAUGGGGAUGGUAUGGACCUUUCACCUUCCAACAAACGGAGGAAGGACUUCUUCCCACAUGGGAAUGAUGAUGAUUGUUGUUUGCCUAUGAAUUCACAUUCCGAUCGAGUUACUGAUUUGGAGGUCCACCCGAUUGAGCCUCCCUGGUUGAACGAAUUCAGUGGUGUAAUGAGGAACAUAUAUGGACCCGUCACAGCUGCAAAAACUAUUUAUGAGGAUAGUGAAGGAUACUUGAUUAUUGUUAGUGUGCCUUUUGCAGAUCUUCAGAGGGUGAAAGUUUCUUGGAGGAAUACUCUCACUCAUGGAAUUGUAAAGAUAUCCUGUGUUAGUACAGCCCGCAUGCCAUUCAUCAAGAGGCAUGAUAGGACAUUCAAGCUCACUGAUCCAUCACCUGAACACUGUCCUCCAGGGGAAUUCAUAAGGGAAAUUCCACUUGCAACCCGAAUUCCAGAAGAUGCCAAGCUAGAAGCAUACUAUGAUGAGACUGGGACAGUGUUGGAGAUUAUGGUGCCCAAACAUCGUGUGGGUCCAGAAGAACAUGAGGUCCGUGUGUGCCUUCGCCCACAUCUUGGAACCAAUGAGCUGCUGUUGACUUGAAAAAGGCAUUGAAUUGAAAAUGUAAGGGUGGUUGCUAUGCUCAGCGUUUUAUUGUUCACUAACUCUGUAUCAUAAAACGAAAUCUAUGAAAUACAUCCUUACUAAGCAUAUGGCACUCCUGCUUUCUGGCUGCCACUAAUUGCUCUGGUCUUUGCUGUUAUGCAUCUGGUUAGCUUCUUAUUGGAAUUUCUCCUGAGCUGCAAAUUAUUUCCCAAAGUUAAUGGUAAGGAUUCUGCAACCUUGAAAUCUUUUGAUGUUAACUUUGGAAUCAAAUGGAUACUCUGUCCUAUUUUCUUGUAUCUAGUCUUUUGCAGACCUUGGGUGUAUGGUUGACAGAAAAAAAUUUCCUGUCACACUUGACCCUCUAGGUACCCUGAUGGAGAGCCAUUCUAUAUACAUUAAUUGGAAAUUUUCAUGGAUUUGUGUUGUUGUAGGGCUUGGGUCCAGUAGUAUUGUUCUCAAUGUAGUAUACUUGAUCCUGAGUAUGAGUAAUUGUGUUCUUGGUAGGUUGUUUUUUAUCCUUAUGGUGUCUGUAGCUAUGUUGUUACUCUUUGCAGUAUGGAUGUAUAUGUCAAGUUUUUGUUUGCUGUUGGAACUGGACAUAUUUCAUUACUUGUUCAGCAGCAGAGUCAAGUCUAUUAA